AAAAUACUCACUGUUUAGGUGCUUGUAUAAGUUAAGGUCUCCUAAACCAGGGCUUUCAAACUGGAGACCAAAGGACUGGACAAUGGCCCCAUAAGAGAUUGUUAUGGCCCAUGGACUAUUCAAGAACUUCAUUGUCCUCUUUGGAUGGCAUCAUUUUUAUUUAAUAACCUGCUCCCUGACCAUGUAGCAUAGCGAAUAAUCAGAACACUACACAGAGAGAGUUGGAAAGGACUGUCCUAGACCAUUAGCAGGACAGUUUGGGUACUAUACCAGAUGAAAGGGAGUCUGGGGAAAUCAGAAAAAGAGGCCUAGUCAAAACUGAACUGAGCUCUUUGAUAGUUCUGCAGCAGAAAUGUCUGCACAGUGGAAGGCAGAUCCAGAACUCAUGGAUAAGGAGGAAGAAGAACUUUGGGAAAUGAUUGAGAGGCAUAGGUGUAAGAUAGUGCAAAGGUUAUCUCCUGAGCGGCUAACUCCAUACUUGCGUCAGGCCAGAGUCCUGGAUGAAAUGGAUGAAGAGGAAGUUCUACAUUGUGCCAAGUUCUCUACCAGAGCAAUGAAGAUGGGACGCCUCUUAGACCUGCUUCGGACUAGGUCUAAGAAUGGAGCCAUUGCAUUUCUGGAUAGCCUAAUACUGACCAAUCCUAGAAUUUAUACCCUCAUCACUGGAAAAGAGGCUUCAAUGGACCCUAACAGCUUCAGCAAAUUAAUAGACAGUAAUCAGCUGAGCAUCUACCUAAUGCAGACCUUAAGCAACCUGCAUGAAGAACUAAUGCAGGAGAAACAGGUGAAAAGCUCUUUAAUGCAUCAUUUGCGAAAGAUGAGGGAGAAGCAACAACAGCUAGAAGAGGAAGGAGAAUCUGUACGGAGUAUGGAGCAUGAGAACCAGCGAUUGCGAAGGGAGAAGGAUGCUCAGAGUCAGCUGCUAAGCAAACUAAAGGAUGAGCAAUAUGAGCUGUCAAUGCGAUACUCUCAUGCUCUGCAGGAAAAGGACACCGUGCAGAGCAAGAACAGUGAACUUCAGGAGCAGUUCUAUGCGAUGAGGGAAGAACUUAACCGACUGCGCAUGGAUCUUCAAGUGUCUAAGAGCUGGACUACACAUGCUCAGUGUGAAGAGGAACUGUUGUGCCUGAGGGAGGAAAACAGGCAGCUCAGAGAUAGGCCGACGCAAGAGGAACUGGGGACACUGGAAGAGCAGCAGCCUUUAGAUGUGACACUUCAGGGCAAUCAGGAGCUGUUGGCCCAGCUGCGACUGUCAAAGGAGAAGCUUGCAGCCAGUGAGGCUGUAGAAAAGUUGUGGGAAAAGGAGAAAGACACAAUGGUGCAGGAGCGUCACAAUCUACAGUUGGAAUGUGACAUUCUAAGGAAAAAAAGUGAAGCAUUUCACAGCCAUGUUUGUGAGCUGAAGAAGGAGCGAGAUCAGGCAUACAGAGCUCGAGAUAUGGUCCAAACUGAGAUUUCCACCAUCCUUGCAGAAAAGGACUCCUUAAGGCAACAAGUAAUGGAGCUGACUGACAGAAACUCUGAGCUUUUGCAACAGAUUCUGAGUCUGCAAGAACAGCUACAAACUCAGAGGGAGAUGAGAGGAAGCCUUCAUGCUUGUGAACAAAGGGAUGUCUCAACAAAAUCCAAACAUAUGAGGUUGGUUCGGAUGUAUGCUGUUUGCCCCUCUGAAGAAGGUAGCAGGAGUUUAUCCAGCAGCAUUUCUGAGACCUGGACAGAAAACAGUUGUCAGACCAGCAGCGAUCUUGGGGAAAGUUUUAAUUCAUAUGCGCCCCCCCAUGAUGAUUAUCUAACUGAUCUUACUAAAAGUGCAUCACAGGACCUCCCUGACCUUCUCCAGACGGAGAAAACAGAAACAGACUCUGAAUAUGAAGAAGGUCUCCCAAUGUUUUCACAGAUGCAAAGCAGUGAGAGCUGUUCCAGCUACAAUAACCUCGCAAUCUCAGUGCCCAGAAGACGUCACGCCUGCAGAGAUACCAGCCGGGUUACUGUUAUUGCUUUUCAAGGGGAUGACCUUCUUAAGCAAAUCAGUAUCAUUGGUGGGAACAGAACAGGAAUAUUUAUCCACCGGGUGACCGAAGGUUCAGCAGCAGAUGAGAUGUCAUUGAGACCAGGAUACCAAAUUAUUGCAGUAGAUUUUGAUGUGUUGAAUCCCUCAUACAAGGUGGCCCUGGAAGGAAUGACCUCUGAAGAUGCUCACUGCAUCCUAAACAGAGUGAAUGGUUUCUGCUGCCUCUCUGUCAAAUGCAACAAGGAUGAAUAUCGGAAGCUUUUGCGGGAUAUCGAAAGUGGCUCUGUGUCCUCUGGAGAUUCGUUCUAUGUCCAAGUAAACCAGUCCAUGGCCGGUCGUGUUGGCGGAGGACUGCAAGUGACAUGUGGGGAGAUCCUUCACAUCACAGAUACAAUGUAUAAGGGCUCUUACCAAUGGUUUGCCCACAGAGUCAAUGCCUACACUAUGAAGGAUGGAGAGUCUGGGAUAAUACCCAACUACCCACAGGCUCAGCAGCAGCUAAUCACCACCAUUCAGCACUUGACAUGGCAGAAUGGAACUCCACGCAGGCCACAGAAGCAGAUCCGUAUAGUGAGCACAGACCGGUGUAACUCUCACUUGCUGUGGACAUCUUUAGAUUGUGGCAUUUGCCAAUGUGAAGACCCUCCUGCAGGAUCUGUACUGGGAACCAGCUGCUUUACCCUGUUGCCCUAUACCUUGGUGACACACCUGAAGACUGUGAUUCCACGUCCUGUGUUGCUUGUUCCUUCCCUACUUGGCAGGAUCCUGAGUGAAAAACUCUGCAGCAGUAAAGACUUCAUAAAAUGCGACACAGAAUACCUGACAGAUGCAGAAUAUUCAGCAAGAUAUCUGCGUGGUGAUAUUAUUGGGGAGAAGGAAAGGGAAGAUGUACGAUGCUGUUUCACAAGACAGAAUGUGGAAUCUGUGGCUAAACAGAAUGCUCACUGUAUAUUAGAGCUUGGGCUGUCUUGCCUCUCUGCCUUACUACGUGUGGGAAUCUACCCAAUAAUCUUGCACAUCCCCCUGACUGAGAAGAGCACUAAAAAACUAAAGAAGCCUCUGCAGUGGUGGCGGAAUUGCGAAGAUCUGCUGAUGGAGUGUUCACAACGGGAAGAGGCUGAACUUGAUUCCUUGCCCUGCUUGUACCACACAAUAGAUCCUGAUAGCUGGAGUGACACUGAGUCUCUUCUCUGCAGUGUAAAGGAGGCCAUAUUGGAUGAACAAAAACGGAUCGUGUGGUUGGAGAAGAAAACUUGCUAAUAGAGAUGAGAAGGUUUUAAAAACUGUACAACCAAGUGCUAAGCUGCUUGUUUACAGAUCCACAUGCCCAGGUUGGCCCACUGUGUGCAGCCAUUGGUAGAACCUGAACCUCUCAGCAACAUUACAGAAGGUGGGGCCAAAAAGGGGAAAUUGGUCCAUUGGUGAACAAUAAUGAACAUUCCUUUUUCCCCACAAUUACAUUCCAAUUCAUUUUCAGUGUUCAUUGUGCAAUUGAAA